AAACAAAUACAAGCCAAGCUGUAACAUACCAAUCAAGUCUUCAGCUCUGCUGUUUCUUCUUCUUCUUCUUCUCUCUCCCCCGCCUCCUCUCUGUCUCUCGCUCUCUUCAGUCCAUCCUAAUUGCUCAGCUCAGCAGCACACCUCAGUCUCCCUGUCCUGCGUUUCCCGGAGCUCCGUCUUCCCGUGGCCCCCGUCUCUGGUUCGCCGCUCCGCUUUCCCCCCUUCCGCCGCAAAGGGGGGACACUCAUGGCGAGGCUAGUAAGUGGUUCUGGCAUCGCUGAUGGCCGUUAUGGGCCUCGUCCAGGGGGAGGCACAAUGCAAGGGGUAUGGCGGGCGGCCGCGGCCGCACAGCGUAACGAUCACCGAGUUUGGGGCCAUUGGUGACGGCGUGACCAUCAACACGGUACCCUUCCAGAACGCCAUCUUCUACCUGCGGUCUUUCGCCGACAAGGGUGGCGCGCAGCUCUAUGUUCCCAAGGGGCGGUGGCUCACCGGCAGCUUCAGCCUCACCAGUCACCUCACACUAUUCUUGGAGAAAGACGCUGUUAUCGUCGGCACCAAGGAUGUUUCACAAUGGCCAAUUGUGGAACCUUUGCCAUCAUACGGGCAAGGAAUUGAUCUUCCAGGUCCAAGACAUCGCAGCUUAAUAAAUGGGCACAAUGUUACAGAUGUUGUAAUUACUGGGAACAACGGAAUCAUCGAUGGCCAGGGUUUGACAUGGUGGAACUGGUUUCGGUCAAAUAAGUUGAACUAUAGUCGCCCUCAUCUCGUGGAGUUUGAGGAUUCUAAAGAAAUUGUGGUUUCAAAUUUGACAUUCUUGAAUUCCCCAGCUUGGGCUAUACAUCCUGUGUAUUGCAGUAAUAUAACGGUUCGUAAUGUCACAAUUCAGACAUCAUUGGAUGCUCCACUCACUGAUGGAAUCGUUCCAGAUUCAUGCUCAAAUGUGUGCAUUGAGGACAGCAUAAUUAGCGUCGGUCAUGACGCCAUCUCAUUGAAAAGUGGGUGGGACAACUACGGCAUUACAUUUGGAAAGCCAACCUCAGGCAUUCACAUUAGUAGAGUGGAUCUGCAAGCCUCAUUGGGUGCUGCUAUUGCAUUUGGGAGUGAGAUGUCUGGUGGGAUCUUGGAUGUUCAUGUUGAUCAGCUUCAUAUCCAUGGUUCAUCCAGAGGCAUCUCCUUCAAGACUGCACCAGGCCGUGGAGGUUAUAUAAGAGAUGCGACAGUAUCAGAUGUCCAAAUGGAGGAUGUCCAUGUUGCUAUUGAGUUUACCGGUGAUUGUUCAAGCCAUCCAGACGACCAUUUUGAUCCUUCUGCACUCCCAUUGAUCAGUGGAUUCACCUUACAAAACAUGGUUGGAACAAACAUCUCAGUUGCAGGAGUUUUGUCGGGAAUUAGUGGUGACCCUUUCACCAAUAUUUGCCUCUCCAAUAUCAGUUUCGUCAUGGCCGAUGCAACACAUUCCGCCUUUUGGUCUUGCUCCGACAUUUCUGGAUACUCUGAGUCGGUAUUUCCCAAACCUUGCUCCGAUCUCCACAGUCAAUCAUCAAAUUCUUCCAUGUGCUCCUCCGUCCUUAGCUACCAUGCUCUUGCGGCAGCGUAAAUGCAUAGAGUACCUCCUUUUCAUUGCAUGUACAAUUCGGAGACAUCUAGGCUCUAGUUCCCAUCACCAUCUUUUUCCCCAACAUUCUUUCCCAAGAGGUACAUCAAAGAUUCAUCGCUCUCGUACAGUCAGCAUUGAGGCUCAUAAUACAAUUCUGUCUGCGUUCUUGAAGGACAACUCCGGUGGGGGUAUGGACUGCAAGGCGCUUUUUCUUGUACAGUUACAUUUCUUUAUUCAAUGUGUAAGAAAUUUUGUUCGGUAGGCUGUUGAGUUGCUUCAUACCAUUGUCUGUUUCAUUAUAUAAAAUAAACACAUCAUAUUUAGUGGCCCUGUACAUCCAAUCAUCUUGUGAGCAUCCAAUAGAACAUCAUCACAUGGUUAGCCUGGAAUGCACAGGCUGGCCUCUGUAGCCCCGCAUGCCCCUUGUCGUCCUUGGUGUCAAAUGAAUUGGUGUCAAUGGGGUUGUUAGGCUGAUGUGGAUGUCUUUUCUUUGUCUUCUCCUUGGGGAUUUAUUACCUUUGCUUUGUCGUCAUGCCAAAGGCCAUUGAGCUAGCUCAUCCUGGGGUUGCCAUUUAUGCAAGCUUGGCCAGCUCUCACUUUGACAAUCACAAGAUAAAUGUUAUCCAGGAAGAAGAGGCUGUCUGGCACUGAUGAUUAGCUGGUUUUCUGGUGAAGCUAAUGUCUCAUGUGACCUCAUUUGGGGUGGCAGCAUGUGCAACCAGCCUGCUGUCUUUGCCAAGAUUGUACAAUGUACACUGGGACUGGGAAGCAAUCAAUCUCCUGGCGCCAAGUUGCCUGCAUCUACUGCUCAUGAAAUAGUUGGUGUACUGCUGCAGUAGUAGCCGUUUUCACUUAAUGUGAGUAAGCUGCAGUACCUUCAUCACAAAAUUUGGAAUCAAGGUAACAACGAGGCAGAAGAUUCUGUGAUAAAAACAACGGCAUUGGAUCCCGGUUGGGGUCAGAGAAAACUGGACUGGCCAUGUGAUGCAUCAUAUCAUUGUACAAGAUACACCCAAAAGAAAGUUUCAGAUGGUACGGCAUUUUCAAGUUCGUUUGACGCCAGUCAAAGGAAGAUGUGGAUUUACAUAACGCAGAAUGCAGCCGCUGCAGCUUCAGUGGAUUUACUGCCACCUGUGAAAAUUCAGUGUAUUUACUGCUAACUGCAAAUUUCAGUGCUUUAUUGCCGAGAGGAAUUGAGGACAAAAUACACCAGCUAUUUUUUUUCGCUCUCUCCCAUUCAAAAAUUGAUAAACAACCACUGGAUUGGAUCAAGACAUUAAUGGAUUCUUUGAGCGACCUUAUCAUGAUGUCUCCGACCAAGUUGAUGACAAAAUAUGGGACCAACAGGACGCCCGGUAGGAACCCAAGUAUGUUCCUACCGUUUGGUGACGCAUUGAACCUCUCCUAAGAUCAUUCCAUGUGUAGGCAAGCAGAAAAAAAAACUUGGGUAUAUUUGGUUUCAGGUUUUCUCUACUAAGUUUUAUUUUCCAAUGAGUCUUUUUGUUGAUAAAUGACGUUUUAUUACUUAAAAUAUUUUACACCCAGCCUAUAUGUAACUAAGAUGUACACAACCAUUCAUAUCCGGUCGACAUUGGCAAGAAAAAAAACUUGAGUUCGUAAAGGGGUAAUGGAGCAUGUAAGAAAACUAGCAACCGUCAGAGAAAAGACGAACUGUUCGUCAUGACAAUUAUUUUUUUGUUU